AUGGAGCCGCCCGGGCGCCCGCGGGGCCGCGCGCCGCCGCCGCUGCUGCUGCCGCUCGCGCUGCUCGCAGUGCUGGGAGGCGGCGGCGGGGCCGCGGCGCUGCCCCCGGGCUGCAAGCACGACGGGCGGCCCCGAGGGACCGGCAGGGCGGCGGGCGCCGCCGAGGGCAAGGUGGUGUGCAGCAGCCUGGAGCUCGCGCAGGUCCUGCCCCCGGACACGCUGCCCAACCGCACGGUCACCCUGAUUCUGAGCAACAAUAAAAUAUCUGAGCUGAAGAAUGGCUCGUUUUCCGGGUUAAGUCUCCUUGAAAGAUUGGAUCUCCGGAACAAUCUGAUAAGCAGUAUAGAUCCAGGUGCCUUUUGGGGACUGUCAUCACUAAAAAGAUUGGACCUGACAAACAAUCGGAUAGGAUGUCUAAAUGCAGACAUAUUUCGAGGACUUACCAAUCUGGUUCGGCUGAAUCUUUCAGGGAAUUUGUUUUCUUCACUUUCUCAAGGAACUUUUGAUUAUCUUGGCUCAUUACGGUCCUUAGAAUUUCAGACAGAGUAUCUUUUGUGUGACUGCAACAUAUUGUGGAUGCAUCGCUGGGUAAAGGAGAGGAACAUCACUGUGCGGGACACCAGGUGUGUUUAUCCUAAGUCACUGCAGGCCCAGCCAGUCACAGGAGUGAAGCAGGAGCUAUUGACAUGCGAUCCACCCCUUGAACUACCCUCAUUUUAUAUGACUCCAUCACAUCGGCAAGUUGUGUUUGAAGGAGACAGCCUUCCCUUCCAGUGCAUGGCUUCAUACAUUGACCAGGACAUGCAAGUGCUGUGGUAUCAGGACGGGCGAAUAGUUGAAACUGAUGAAUCGCAAGGCAUCUUUGUUGAAAAGAACAUGAUUCACAACUGCUCCUUGAUUGCAAGUGCCCUAACCAUUUCUAAUAUUCAGGCUGGAUCUACUGGAAAUUGGGGCUGUCAUGUCCAGAGCAAACGCGGGAACAACACAAGAACUGUCGAUAUUGUGGUCUUAGAAAGCUCUGCACAGUACUGUCCUCCGGAGAGGGUGGUAAAUAAUAAAGGUGAUUUCAGAUGGCCCAGGACGUUGGCAGGCAUUACCGCAUAUCUGCAGUGUACCCGGAACACCCACGGCAGUGGCAUCUAUCCUGGAAACCCUCAGGAUGAGAGAAAGGCUUGGCGCCGAUGUGACAGAGGUGGCUUUUGGGCAGAUGAUGAUUAUUCUCGCUGCCAGUAUGCAAAUGACGUCACUAGAGUCCUUUAUAUGUUUAAUCAGAUGCCCCUCAAUCUUACAAAUGCUGUGGCAACAGCUCGGCAGUUGCUGGCUUACACCGUGGAAGCAGCCAACUUUUCUGACAAGAUGGAUGUUAUCUUUGUGGCUGAAAUGAUAGAAAAAUUUGGAAGAUUUACCAAAGAAGAAAAAUCAAAAGAGCUAGGGGACGUGAUGGUUGACAUCGCAAGCAAUAUCAUGUUGGCUGAUGAGCGGGUCCUGUGGCUGGCGCAGAGGGAAGCGAGAGCCUGCAGUCGGAUUGUUCAGUGUCUACAGCGCAUCGCUACCUACCGGCUCGCCAGUGGGGCUCAUGUUUAUUCAACAUAUUCACCCAAUAUUGCUCUGGAGGCUUAUGUCAUCAAGGCCGCUGGCUUCACCGGGAUGACCUGCACCGUGUUCCAGAAAGUGGCAGCUUCCGACCGCACAGGACUUUCUGAUUAUGGGAGGCGGGAUCCAGAUGGGAACCUAGACAAGCAGCUGAGCUUCAAGUGCAACGUUUCAAAUACGUUUUCAAGUCUGGCACUAAAGAAUACUAUUGUGGAGGCUUCUAUUCAGCUUCCUCCUUCCCUUUUCUCACCAAAGCAAAAAAGAGAGGUUAGAUCACCCGAUGACUCUCUCUACAAGCUUCAGCUCAUUGCAUUCCGUAAUGGGAAGCUCUUUCCAGCCACUGGAAAUUCGACCAACUUGGCUGACGAUGGGAAGCGGCGCACAGUGGUCACCCCUGUGAUUCUCACCAAGAUAGAUGGUGUGAAUGUAGAUACCCACCACGUCCCUGUUAAUGUGACACUGCGUCGCAUCGCACAUGGAACAGAUGCCAUUGCAGCCCAGUGGGAUUUUGAUUUGCUGAAUGGACAAGGAGGCUGGAAGUCAGAUGGGUGCCGUAUACUCUACUCAGAUGAAAAUAUCACUACAAUUCAGUGCUACUCCCUCAGUAACUACGCAGUUUUAAUGGACUUGACAGGAUCCGAGCUGUACACCCAGGCAGCCAGUCUCUUGCAUCCUGUGGUUUACACCACUGCCAUCAUCCUCCUCUUGUGUCUCUUGGCCGUCAUGGUCAGCUACGUGCACCAUCAUAGUUUGAUCAGGAUCAGCCUCAAGAGCUGGCACAUGCUCGUGAACUUGUGCUUUCAUAUUUUUCUGACCUGUGUGGUCUUCGUGGGAGGAAUAACCCAAACCAGAAAUGCCAGCGUCUGCCAAGCAGUCGGGAUAGUUCUCCACUACUCCACCCUUGCCACAGUCCUGUGGGUGGGAGUGACCGCUCGAAACAUCUACAAACAAGUCACCAAGAAAGCUAAGAGGUGCCAGGAUCCUGAUGAGCCACCCCCUCCACCAAGACCGAUGCUCAGGUUCUACCUGAUCGGUGGUGGGAUUCCCAUCAUAGUUUGUGGCAUAACAGCAGCAGCCAACAUCAGGAAUUACGGCAGUCGGCCAAGUGCACCCUAUUGCUGGAUGGCGUGGGAACCCUCCUUGGGAGCCUUCUACGGACCUGCCAGCUUCAUCACUUUUGUAAACUGUAUGUACUUUCUAAGCAUAUUUAUUCAGUUGAAAAGACACCCUGAGCGCAAAUAUGAGCUUAAGGAGCCCCCAGAGGAGCAGCAGAGAUUGGCAGCCAAUGAAAAUGGGGAAAUAAACCAUCAGGAUUCAAUGUCUUUGUCUCUGAUUUCUACGUCAGCCUUGGAAAACGAGCACACUUUUCAUUCUCAGCUUUUGGGGGCGAGCCUUACUUUGCUCUUGUAUGUCGCUCUGUGGAUGUUCGGGGCCCUGGCGGUCUCUUUGUAUUAUCCUCUGGACUUGGUUUUUAGCUUCUUCUUUGGAGCCACGUGUUUAAGCUUAAGUGCCUUCAUCAUGGUUCACCACUGUGUGAAUCGGGAGGAUGUCAGACUUGCGUGGAUCAUGACGUGCUGCCCAGGACGGAGCUCGUAUUCAAUGCAAGUCAAUGUCCAGCCCCCCAACUCCAGUGGGACAAACGGAGAGGCACCCAAGUGCACCAAUAGCAGCGCAGAGUCCUCAUGCACAAACAAAAGCGCGUCAAGCUUCAAGAAUUCCUCCCAGGGCUGUAAGUUAACAAACUUGCAGGCUGCUGCGGCACAGUGCCAUGCCAAUUCUUUACCUUUGAACUCUACACCUCAGCUUGAUAAUAGUCUCACAGAACAUUCAAUGGACAAUGAUAUUAAAAUGCACGUGGCGCCUCUAGACGUGCAGUUUCGGACAAAUGUGCACUCCAGCCGCCAUCACAAAAACCGGAGUAAAGGACACCGGGCAAGCCGGCUCACGGUCCUGAGAGAGUAUGCCUACGAUGUCCCAACCAGUGUGGAGGGAAGCGUGCAGAACGGCUUGCCUAAGAGUCGGCCGGGCAACAGCGAAGGACAUUCGAGAAGUCGGAGAGCUUAUUUAGCCUACAGAGAGAGGCAGUACAACCCACCCCAACAAGACAGUAGUGAUGCUUGUAGCACACUUCCCAAAAGUAGCCGGAAUUUUGAAAAGCCUGUUUCCACUAGCAGUAAAAAAGAUGCAUUAAGGAAGUCAACUGUAGUUGAACUUGAAAGUCAGCAGAAGUCUUAUGGCCUCAACUUGGCCAUUCAGAACGGACCAGUUAAAAGCAGCGGGCAGGAAGGCCCCCUGCUAGGUACCGAUGGCACUGGCAAUGUCAGGACUGGAUUAUGGAAACACGAAACUACUGUGUAGCUUUGCUGGGCUUUCCUAGGCAGAAACCAGUAUAAACUGUGAUAUUCACAUUCCUUUAAGCUAUGAACGUUUGAAAUAAACUGUUUACAGACACCUUAGGGAUUCAAAACAAUUUUGAAUAAACUUCUAAGUUUUGAAUUUUACUUACGUUGUAUCCCCAAAUUCUUGCCUUUUUUUUUUUUUUUUUUUUUUUUAGGAAUUAAAAAAAACCCUUUAAAGCAUUGUUUUAUUUUGUCAAAAAGUCCCAGCAGAACAUUUUGGGAAUCGGAGAUGUAAUUUCUUUGAAUCUGUAAUACCUACUUAUCACAUUUCAGCCUUGUAUUUAAUAAAAUAAAUAGGUGUUUGUCAUUA